UCGUGAAUAGGAAGAAGAGCUGCUGCUUGUGCAAAGAAACCUUAUCUUGCAAUGGCUUCCACUUUCGUCUCUCUACCAAAACCCUUCUUUGCUUUUCCGGUUAAAACCAAUGCUAAUACUGCUCCUUUAGCUAACCACAAGCUUCUCGGAAGUCGAAGAGGCUGUCUGAAAGUCAAAGCGAUUUCCACUAAAUGGGAACCCACAAAGGUUGUUCCUCAAGCAGACAGGGUUCUUGUUCGCCUUGAAGAGCUUGCUCAGACAACUUCAGGUGGAGUGUUGUUGCCAAAAGCAGCUGUUAAGUUUGAGAGGUACCUAACCGGAGAGGUUGUCUCAGUUGGUUCUGAGGUUGGACAACAAGUUGGACCUGGAAAGAAGGUUCUGUUCUCUGACGUGAGCGCUUAUGAGGUCGAUUUGGGGACCGGUGCUAGGCAUUGCUUUUGUAAAGAGAGCGACUUGUUGGCACUUGUGGAGUGAUGAGAGAAUACCUUUAAGUUGUUUCCUUUAAGUUGUUCCUGUAAUUUUCAGACAUCAUAUGUUGUUUCAUUUGAGAUAUGUUGAAAACAAUCAUAAGCAUUCAAGGUUGCUCUGAAACAGAUCUGAAAAUUCUCAUUUGAGGUUUAGUGAGACUUUGGAUUAUCGUAAACGUAUUCAAUGAAAAGAGAACAAAAGUCGAUGUAUUGUCAGCAUUCCUCCUCAAUGGCCAUCAAUAUCUCCACGGUGUUCAAACUAUCCAAUCCCAAAUCCUUUUCGAAAUGAGCAUCAGGACUCACCUAAAU